AUGGCCCCUCACCGUUGCCCUUACUGCAAGCGCCUGCUGAAAAGCUUCUCUGGUGUAGCCCACCAUGUUGCGCUGUCCGCAGAAUGUCGUAAGGCUGAGGCGGCAAAGAUUCGCGGCCGCCGUCAGCGGGUUGCUGAGCCCGUAAUGGCGGUGGACGAGACAGAAGAUGGUCUGACUCCACCCAUGCCGCCAAACCUCGAUAACCCGGCCGAUAUGGCUGACCACUUCCCACUUCCCCUUCGCAGUCCUACCCCCAUUCCUGCCCAGCCCAUCCCACGACCCCAGCAUGCCUCCGUCGAAGAGGUCAUGGAUCAAGAUGACCCCGAGAACCUCAAACUGGUGUCGCGGGCCAGCCCGCUGCGACAGGAACAAACAGCGUUUGAGCGUCUUCGAGAUAAGCUCAAGCACCGAGGAGAGUCCAAGUAUUCCCCGUUUGUAGACGAUGAAGAAUGGGAGCUGGCGGAGUGGUUGACGCGGCGAGUAAACCAGACAGCGACAGACGAAUUCAUGAAUCUAAAGAGUACACAGAAACAGAAGUUUUCCUUCCACAACAACCGCUCCUUCUUGCAGAAGGUCGACAGUCUUCCCACCGGCCCCGACUGGACUUGUCAUGUUGUUACUAUUACGGGUGACCGUGUCGACGAGAAUGGCGAGAAGAUGAAAGAGGAGGCAGAGCUGUGGAUUCGGAAUCCAGUGGACUGUAUUCGCGAGAUUAUUGGCAAUCCAGCACUCAAAAAUCACACGGCAUACGCACCAGAAAGAGUCUAUUCGACCAACCCAGCCAGCGAGGAUGAUCGUGUUAUUGAUGAAUCGUGGACGGCUGACGAAUGGUAUAAUCUUCAGGUUUCGUUUGCCGGCUUGCGUCGCUUUAAGAAGGGAAUCUCUGGCGUGUCGCAGUGGAUGGGGAAGGAAUACAAGGAGAUGGAGCGAGUGCUAGUGGGAGUUAUGACCGGAGCUGUCGAGGCUCCGGUUCUCACAGUCGUCAAAUCGCUUGUCGACUUCAUCUACUAUGCCUCACUCCAAUCUCACACCAAACGGACUCUUGAUGCUCUCCAGCAUGCCCUCGACAUAUUCCAUUCUCACAAGCAAGUCAUCAUUGACCACGGCAUUCGCGACCACUUCAAUAUCCCAAAAAUUCACUCGAUGCAGCAUUACGUGGAAGCUAUUCGUCGGCUAGGAAGCUGCGACGGCUUCAAUACUGAAUCUCCUGAACGACUUCACAUUGAUUUCGCAAAAAAUGCAUACAACGCAUCAAAUGGAAAGGACUACACGGAGCAGAUGACUGUGUGGCUUCAGCGUCGAGAGGCCAUUGCCCUCCGCUCACGUUUCAUCCUCUGGUAUGACUCCCACGAAUUACCGCCCCAGGCUGCCAGUUCAAAAGCCCCUCUUCCGACGGCUGACAGUAUCGAUGAAGACGCUCGACUUACCAGCAAUGAACCUGAGAUGGUUGGGCAAAUCACAUCUGGCUCUCGUCCAACCACCACCUAUGCCAUCGCCAAGUCCCCUCCAGCCCCACAUCGUACAGUCGCUAGACUCGAGGCAGAAUAUGGUAUAUCCGACUUCGUUGCUGUCUUGACCGCCUUCCUGCGUCAAAACUUCCUUUCCCUUCCUCUCCUACCCAGCUCUUUCGACUUCUACGAUAUCUUUCACCAGAUCAAGAUCUCCCUCCCACGUAAUCGCUAUCUGAGUCCCAAGCAACGUGCUCUACGAAUUCGUGCAGUACCAGCCGCACCCAAUGUUGGCAGGAAGGAGGGUGCUCCUGCAUCCUUUGAUACCGCUCUUGUCAUUGCCAACCCCGCCCGAAUAUCGUCCAUCCUCGGGUCUCGCAGGGCUUCAGCCGGCGCGAAUACGUCUCAUAUUUCGUCUUCCCCCACAUCUCGGCACAUACUCCCACCCGCUCGCAUUCAUCGAAUGGUACACGCCUCUCAAUGGGCCCGACCCUGUCUCGGGCAUGUACACGACUCGUCUAUCGACACAGAACCACCUCCCGAACACCGCAGUUAUCUCCGUUGA